UUCUGUAUGUACGCCACUACCACCUACUGCCUACUGGCCACAGUUUUUUUAUUCUUCUUUUGACUUUAAUUUCUUGUUCUGAAUGGGUUCUCUACUUUUUCAUCCCAAAAGAUAUUAGGAUUGUAAUAAUCCAGUAAAAGAUUCGUCUUUUCCCAGAAUUGAUGCGCUCCGGGAGAAAUUAAUGGAUCAGUGUUUAAAGCCAUUUUUUCCUACAGGGAACAAGGGGAAGUAUUGGUGAAGCUUCUGGAUAGAAGCAUCAGAGCUAAACAGUCUGGCCGACACUGCAGUGAAGUCAUCUUCCCGGGCUAGGGUUGGAGCCAGGAAACCAAAUCUUGAAAUCUCAGUACUUGGUUGCAUUCAUUCGUGUUCGUGCUUGUCGAUUUGGUCCCCAUCGCUGCUUUGGCGCUUGCCAGUUGAUUACGGCUAAUUUUGGUUAAAUCUGGGCUGUAAUCUGGUUUCAGUGAUGUGAGCUGCUUAUUCAAUUCAGAUUCUUCUGCGGUUAGAGGAGUAAUUGGGGAAGAAGGAGUCUCCAUUAUAUUGAAUUUUGUGUUUUUCUGGAGCUGUCAGUUCAUCUUCAUCUUCAUCAUCAUAAAAAAAUGGCAAUCUGCAGCAGUUUCCUCUGUGGUCUUGGUGGGGGGAAGAAGGAUACGGGUGAUAAGAAGUCAUUGAAAAGAGAUGAUGUGCCUGAAAAAGGUGAUGUUCCAGUUCCAGGGAAAUCGUCCAAAAAAGAUGAUGAAUUGAAAUCGACUUCUGUGAUUGUUCCGGUGUCUUUUGGUAUCUCUGGGAGUUCAGAGAGCAAGGUAGAAAGUCCCAUGAAAGGGGAGGCGGAAGAGGUAGCUUACGAAGGGGAAGAUGAGCAUGAUGAGAGCCUGUCGAUGAAGAGGGACAACUCCGAUUUUGAUCUUCAAGCCCAUUUUCAUUUUGAUUGUCGGGUUACUGAUAAAGAAGAGGUGCAGUUUUUGAAACCGUUUAUCGAUAGUGAUAUGAAUGAGGAAACCAAGAAGAUGUCUGAGGAAGAGGGUGUUGAGUUUAUGAAAAGCGGAAACAUUAGUGAUCCGGGUGUGGGUAAGAUUGAAGAUUGGGCGUCCCCGAGGCUUAUGCGUUCGUGUUCUGAUUUGGCAACUAAGGACUCGUUCAAGAGAAUUGCGGAUCAACUUCUUCCUUCCAAGUCUCAUCAGUCAUUUGAUGAAAUCCGAAAAUUAGCUGAGAAACUGAGUGAGGAUGUGAUACCCCAAAGCCUGGGAAGUCCGGUUUCUGUGAUGACACAUGGCAGUGCUGAUAAAGUUCUGUUGAAGAAACAUUCUUCGAGCCAAGUCCUGCCCUCUGCUAGUCGAAAACUCUGGUGGAAACUCUUCCUCUGGAGCCACAGGAACCUUCAAAGUGUCCCAAAACCGCAGGUAGUCCUAACAAAGCCUGCCCUUAACCAGCAAGGCGGUUACUCUUCGGACACUCUAGAACAAAGAAACAUAGGAUCACCUGGUUCUUUCACCGGGGAAUCCUUGAACUUAGGCAAUAGUAACACAAACAAUCAGAGUUGGAAUGGCUUUCUUGGGGCCUCCGGUCUGUGGCCUCAGAAUCAGUGGGUUGCUUUCCCCGAAGAAUCUUCUUCGUUCUCUAGAGUUGACAUGUGGGUGAAAGAACUACCAGUUCAACCUCCACUACUCAUCGAAAAAGAAGAUGUAAUCUUCCCCGCUUCACCUGAAAGAAGCUCAUCUCCAUUAUCUCCAUUAUCUCCAACUCCUAAUGCUUCUGUUCCCGAGGAAGUUGCACAUGCUAACAAUGUGAUUCGAUCUUUGAACUCUUCGUCAACAGUGGCUCUUAUCGCUGGAACUGGGUUAAAAGUUAUUCCCAACAUGUCAGCCUUGUCAAGCCUUCGAUCUGUCAACUUAUCAGCCAAUUUUAUCGUUCAUAUAACUCCAGGCUCACUUCCAAAGGGUCUCCAUGUUCUCAACUUGUCGAGGAACAAGAUUGCCACGGUUGAAGGCCUUCGAGAGUUAACCAGAUUGCGUGUGCUUGAUCUCAGUUACAACAAAAUCUCUCGUAUUGGACAAGGUUUGUCAAAUUGUACAUUGAUCAAGGAACUAUAUCUUGCUGGAAACAAGAUAAGUGAUGUUGAAGGCCUGCAUAGGCUCUUGAAGUUAACGGUUCUGGAUGUGAGCUUCAACAAGAUAACAACAACAAAAGCGCUUGGACAGCUUGUAGCAAACUACAACUCUUUACAAGCUCUUAACCUGUUGGGGAAUCCCAUCCAGAGCAACAUAAGCGAUGAUCAAUUGCGCAAGACGGUUUGCAGCCUCUUGCCAAAGACGGCUUUCCUGAACAAACAACCCAUCAAUCCCCAGAAGGCGCGGGAAGUUGGAACAGAUGCUGUUGCAAAGGCGGCACUAGGCAGCGGCAGCAGGAGUAGCUACAGGAAAGGGGCGAAGAGAGUGAGCCAAGGGGUUUCUCCGACUGCCAAUGCUCACAAGAAUAAGCACAGGUCAAAAACCCGAACCCACCAUCACUCGAAGGUCAGGGCAUCUGAUGUUGCAUCGUCUUCUCGCUAGAUACUUCCUUCCAUAUUUAUAAGAACAUAUGCAUUUUUUUUUUCUACUUUCCAAAAAUGAAGUUAACUUGUGCUUGUUUGAACUGUUAUGCCUGGUUUGCCUCUGGUUUUGGUUCAUUAUUACAAAUAAAGUGUUUGUAUAAUUGUAUGUAC